UUUUACAAAAAUCCGCCAAUGAAGCCAAACCAUGGGACCAAUAAUAGUUAUGAAAGCAAGGGGAAAGAUAGACAGAAAGGUGAAAAGAAGAAAGAGCUCAAAAUGAUAAAGGCACCUAAAUUCUCAAGUGGAAGUAAAGGAAGUGAAUUCACUUCUCCUCAAAGAUGAGGUCAAGCCAAUUAUGGAGAACACCAAAGUUCAGAAGGGAGUUUUCAUAACAACUUCAUAUCUCAGCCUUCUCACAGAGAAAAUGCUGAGUCCUCAAGACUAAACAUUAAUUUUCCAGGGAAAUUAAGCUCUAAGCUACAACACAGAGUAAGAGAUUCAAGAGGAAGCAAAGAAUCUGAAUUAAGUUAUCUAAACAACGGCAACUUUGGCUUUGAGGUUGGUAGAAGAGACAAACCUUUCCGGAAGAAUAAAAAAGAGCAACUGAGUAACUCAAGAAAGACCCUGAAAUCUAUCGAAGCUUCAACAAGAAAAGAUAAGACGAAGCCGACCAGAAAGGAUGAAUUCUCUCCUAAAACUAACCUCAAAAGUCUAAGAGUUCAGAGAAAUAGUUCCUCAAGGAAAAAAAUCUACAUGAAAGAUAUAGAAAAUAAUAAUGGAUUAAGUAGGAAAGACAGCAAAGGAUCAGAAAGGAAAGAAAACAAGAAUUAUAUUGAAAGAAAGAAGAUCCAUAUCAAUACUUCUAGUCCUAUUCCUAGCCAAGUUUUGAACCCAAAAGAUACCGACAGUAGCUCUAUAUAUCGACUCAAUGUUACUAAUCAAGCAAAGAAGCCAUUCAACAACAGAUUUGGAUCUCCCGGACUUCUUCAAAAGAAGAAAGAAACAGAGAAAGCUAAUACAGGUAUAAAAUUCAUGGGAGAGAUGAAAAAGCAUGGAAUCAAAGAUGCAUUAGAUGAUAUGAAUAAGCUCGCUGGAUUCUUCCAGUAUAAAUCUUCUCCUAAAGAGGAAGAUUUUAAAAACUCUGCUAUCUGAAAUAAUCCAAAUGAUAAAUCAACUAAUUCUGAGUAUUUCACUCAAAGUACAAGCCACCAUAUGGCUUCGCCCAAUGAUUUUAUGAAUUCAGAUUCAAAGAACACUGUUGGAAGUGGAAUUGUAGCUGGCAAGAGGGCUUUCUUCGGCUCAGAAGAGAAUGUGGAUGAAGAGGACCCUUCAAAAUUCUUAUUCCCAUUCCAAAGAAGGGCCAGAUCUCAUUCACCACCUUCAAGCGCAGAAGUGCAGACUAAAAUAGCUGAAACCAUUCAUAACAACAGAGAAAGAGAAAGAAGUUGGUCAAAAAGUGCAGAAAACAGUAAGAAUAUUCCUGUCAUUGCAAAAACAAGCUUUAUUAUUGGAGGAAUCAACUCAGGGAAAAUAAGAAAGCUGGGCAACAGAGGAAGAAAAGCAUACAAGGACACAAGAGUCAGAAGGACUCAAGAACCUCCUCAAUGGUUCGAAAACAACUCAUCUUCAAGUUCAAGUGAAUAUGAGAAUCCUGUUGUAUCUGCUAGCAUUGAGCUGGAUGAUUUUCUUGAUGAAAACGAAAUUAUUAACCAAGUGACCAACUCAUUCAAUAAAAACAAGGGAUCAGCAAAUCAAGGGUUGAAGAAUGAAGCUUCCUCAAACAUAGAAGAAAUUGACGACUGGAUGUAUCAAACUGUUGGAGCUUUUGAAAAAUCAUUCUCUAAAGGAAAUAAAGAAUGAACAAAAGAAAAUAAUAAAGAUGACCAAAACAUCAAUAAAAUGAUAAAUCAAAGAGCUAACGAGUCAAAGGCUAAGGGAUACGAAAACAAGGUAGAUAAAGUCCUAGAGGACCUCACAUUUUCAAUGGAAGAGAAAGAAGAGAUAGAUUACAAUGACUUAGAAACAUACAUCAAGAAAUGCAAUAAUAAUCCAGUUUAUCAUUAGAUUUCUAGAAAAACCUAGAAUUUGGCGAAGUUCAAAGAAGUGUGCAAAUCGUUCUAAAUUC